AUGCCAAAUCCCACGUCAUUGAUCUCACUGCUGUCAGUGGCUGUACUACUACAUGCACUGUUGUUACUCCUCCUUUCGAUAACAACAACUGCCAAGUCCAAUCCUUCAGGUUCCUUCAAAUAUUCAACAACUUCCACUUUACUUGCUGGUGGCAUGUCAUUGAAUUCACUCAACAAGUAUGGCGAUGGAUUGGAUGCUAAAAUGGCAUGUUUGGAUACGAUAGAGGUUGUGAAAAUGGGCUCAAAUAAUACGAUUUAUAUUGUCGAUUCUGGACAUGAUGUUAUUAGACGAAUUUCAAGUGAUGGAAAAAUUUCACAAUUUGCUGGAAGUUAUGCCUAUGGAUAUUAUGGAAAUGGUGUUUUGGCUACUUUGGCCAUACUUGCAAACCCUUUGGAUAUUGUUGAGUUUGGAGGAUAUGUUUAUAUUGCAGAUGCUGGUAACAGUUGCGUUAGAAGGGUAAAUUUGAUGACGAAUAUUAUUGAGGAUUUUGUUGGAGUUUGUGGUAGUUCUGGUUACGGUGGUGAUAAUAAUCCAAUGGAAACAAUUCAAUUUAAUGGUGUAAUGGGCCUUGCUAUAUCCGAAACUGGACGAUACAUGUAUAUUUCAGAUACAAGCAAUAACAAAGUGAGAAUGUAUGAUAUGAUUUAUCGUAACAUAACCACUGUAGCAGGUGAUGGUAAUAUUAAUACGGUUGGGGCUGCUAAAGUUUCACUUGGAAAUCCUCAAGGAUUGGUUUUAGAUGGAUAUACAUUAUUUGUGGUCGAAGCAAUUGUUGGAAAACUUACAGCUAUCGAUUUGAAUACAAGACAAAUGCAAACUGUAGUGUAUGAUCCAACACUCUAUCCAACUAAACUAGUUAAAUUUGGAGAAACUCUCUACAUGUCGAGUGCUAAUGGUCAACCAAUUUUAGCUUAUGAAAUUAAUACUGCUCAACAAGCUGUAUUGAAUAAUACAGGAAUUAAUUCACCAUAUGCCUAUUUGAUUGAUUCAUUUGGUAAUGUAAUUGUUUCAGAAAGAACAAGAUUUAUUUACAAUAGAACUUCAAAUGCUGUUAUUGCAGGAGAAUGCUCAACCAAAUAUUUUGUGAGAAAUAAUGAGCCAACUCUGGCAAACAAUACCAAUUUGAAUACUGUUUCACAAUUUAUUGUGGAUAAGCAGAGUGGAGAGUUGAGAUAUGCCUACCAAGCUGCUGUUCCAUUCAUUCACAAAUAUACGAAUGGUAUUUCUACUAUUAUUGCUGGUAAUGGAAGAACAGAUUCGUUUGGCAUUUCCUAUGUUGUAGGUGAAACUCUUGCCAUUAAUUCACCUGUUGGUACUUCAAUUUCAUUGUUUGAAAACUCUGAUAAUCUGUACUUUGCCAACACUACAGCAGUGAUGAAAAUUGAUGUGAGUGGAGUAAUGACAACAAUAAUUGGAGGAUACCACGCUCAUAAUGAAGUUCAAUAUGGGGGCUUGGCUUCUAAUUCAUCAAUCAAAAUAGGAUCAGUUAUGAUGAAUGAUUCAAAGAUAUUUAUUGGCAGUGUUGGGUCAAUUUUUACAGUUGACAGUAAUGGAAUUCUUGAUGUGUUUGUUGGUAACGAUACAUUGUUUGGAAAAUCUGUUAACCGUUUGUCAGUAGAUCCCAUUGAUGGUAAUAUUGUAUUUUAUGAUUCAGUUUUGUGUAAUAUGUACAAGAUUAUGCAAAACAAAUCACUUAUUACCUUAUUUGGAAAAUCUGAUUGUAUUACUUAUUCUAAUGAAACAGAUCUAACACCAGAAACUUAUUCAAUGAGAUUAAAUCACUUUGCAUUCUUUUCUAAUGGAGAUAUGGCUAUUUUAGAAAAAUCCAAUCAAUGUAUUAGAAGAUGGUAUAGAUCAUCGAAUACUAUCUCAACAAUAAUUGGAACACCAGGAAAGAAUGAAAUAAUACUCUUCCAGCCAAACUCACUUUCUAUUACUAAUGAUGGAUCUAUAAUUGUUGCAGAUUCAACUAUUAGAAAGUAUGUAAUUUCAGGUUGUACAAGUGGAUGGUAUGGAAAAGAUUGCCUGACUCCUGUAUUUGAUGUAAAGUUUUAUUCAACUGUCACUUACACUAAUACAAGUGUUAAAGUAGUACUGAACUAUGCGGAAUCAUUCAAAUCAGUUUACCAAUCAGCUACUUAUGAAAUGAAAUGCAAAAAUCAAUUGACCACAUAUUUCAAUACACCUUUGAACAUCCAAUCAUUCACCAAUCCAUUGAUUAUUUCAAUUGAUAAGUUCAUGAAGAAGGGAAAUUAUUCAUGUUCUAUAACAGCCACGUUAGGAACUGAAUCAUUCACAGUUGACUUUUCCAAUACUUUACAAGUAAUGGAAUACGAAAGUGUUUUUUCUGAAAGUUUCCUCAAAACUUUACCAAUUAGUGAUGUUGCUACCAUUGCAUCUAAUAAGGAUACCUAUUCCAAGUCAACUAAUGUUGUUCAAGUUUUGGAACUUGUCACUAACGCUAUUUCAACUUUACAAAGAAAUGCAUCCAAUGCUGAUGAAACUCUCAAAGUUACAGAAGCAUUGUCUGUCAUUACAUCCCAAUCUCAAGUUAGUUCGACUAUUCUGAACACCAUCUCUAAUUUAGCUGUUAAUAUUUCCAAGGAACUUAGUCAACUGGAUUCGAAUACCUUAAAGACCUCAAGUGCUUCAUACGAAUCAACAUUGUCAAAUGUAUUAAUGGCAUAUUCUAACUGCUACUCGUCUCAAAAUUUCAAUAUUAGCUCAGAAAGUAAUUCAAUUAUUGAGAAAACGGUAAUGGUGGCCACUAGAAUUUCAUCCCAAUCAGAUAGUAUUUUCCAAGUGGUUACAGCUUCUUUUAUAGUGUCAGUUGCCAGAAAUAUCAAUCAAUCAAUUGUUUCUGAUGGAAAUACCACAGUAGUAACUCCUAGUGAGCUAAGUACUUUAAAAGAUAUUUCUAUUGGAAGUGUUACCUAUUUAAAUGUUGAAAAGUUGGCCUCCUUAAUAUCUGGAUCUGUAUUGAGUAAUAACUAUUCCUACAAUAAUUUAAUUGGAUUAGCAGGAACGUCAUUUGUCAAUUUGGCCAAGGUUACUGAUCUCAAGUAUAUUUCCAAUGGUCAAGUUCUCAACGUUUCGAAUCUCUCUAACCCUAUCAGCAUUAAAUUUAAUGUAGAUAAGAGCACCAUAGAAAGCAUCCAAUCCAAUUCCACACAACUAACUAUUUCUUGCAAGUAUUUCGAUGAAACUGAAAGAUUAUGGAAAACAGAUGGAUGUAAAACUCUGGUUGACCAAUCUAAUGGUAUUAUUGACUGUCAAUGUAAUCAUACCACUACAUUCUCUGCAUUCCUUCAAUUUACCAAAUACAGUAGCAUACCUCUCACCAUUGGAAAAAUUGUUGUCAGCUCAAUUUUGAUUGUAUUGGCUAUUGUUGCAAUUGUUGGAUUAAUUAUAACCUCACGAAGGAAUCCAACAAAGAGCAGAUGGUAUCUUCCUUACUUUGCCCUGGUAUCUCUUAUUAUUGAACUGCUUUUUAGCGUGAUUAUUCCUGGUUCAAUGUUAUUGGAUAGAAGUGGAGAUAGCUCAAUAGUCCAAUCCGUUUUUACAAUGAUUAGUUGCACUUUCUAUUGCCUCUCAUUAUUGAACUAUUUAAUGUUCAAUUUGAGAUAUAUUACAUUCAAAUAUGUUUAUGAAUUGAUGGCCAUUUUGAGUGAAAAGAAAGAAACUCAAACUGAUACCUUUUUAAAGUGGACCAAGAUCAUUCUCACCAACAAGUUUUUCUCUAUUGUGUGGAAUGCUGUUAUUGCUCUAUUCAUUAUUAUUUAUUUUGUUAUCUUCAUUUCACUGAUGGGAAGGAGUGCAAUUGAUGGAGACACCUACACAAAAAUUAUGUCAAGCUCAUUAUUUGCAUUUGUAAUGACCAUUUCAUUACUUGUUUGUGUUAUCUAUGCAGUGGAUAUUUAUAUGGAAUUGAGAUAUGUUCAAUUGAAUUCCAAAUUGAAAGAAACAGAUAAGAAACUCUUCAUUAACCCAAUCAAGAAUUACUUUAUUGUGAAUGACAAUCUUUCCUUCAGAAAGGAAUUUGCCUUAUUUUUCAUUAGUAUUGCGUUCUAUGUAAUUUCCAAUGCAAUGGGUUUCUCCUAUCUCACCUCACAGACUUCACUCAAUGCAAGAGAGAGCUAUUUAAUUGUUGGCUAUAUUUUUGAAGUGAUUUAUAAUUUACUUUUGAUUUUAAGUUUUGGUGGAUUAGUUUCAAUUAUUUCCAUUUAUGAAUACUUGGCUUCUAAAAAGGGUUAUACUUCACAGAUUGGAAAUGAAGAUGUGGAAGAGGAUAAUCAAAUCAAGGAUAUUCUUAUUCAACCAAUACUUUGUCAAGUUUUUGAACAAUUUGCCAAGACAGAACAUUCAUUAGAAAAUGUAAUAUUUUGGAAGAAACUUUAUCCUAUUCUUGAGGAAAUUAAUAGGGGAAAUAUUCCAUCAAUGGAAGAUCUGGAAAAAGAAUUUACUGAAUGGAAUGAAAAUUUUGUGGCAACUAAUUCUCCAAUGGAAAUCAAUUUUUCUCAUCACAUCAAGAAAUCAUUCAAUUCUCAAUUCGAAUUGAUUAAAAGUGGCAAGAUUGAAAGCGAUGAUUUGAAAGAGACUUUAAAGGAUAUGUAUUGUGCUUUGAUGGUUAACUUGGAUGAUACUUUCUCUCGUUUCUUCAUUACAUCCAGUUAUCAACAAAUGAACAAAUUAUUCGAAUUGAAAGAACAAAUGGGCUCUGCUCUCAAACAAUAAAUUAUCAUUGUCAGCC